CGGCUUCGCCAGCAAACCCUAAAGAAGGCGUCUCGGGGGCUCGAGAUCUCUUCCCGUUGAGGCAGAGAUCACAGCAUGUCUGAAGACUCCUUCAGUCCGAGCACUCAGGAGCUUCUGAACAAUGCCUGUGCCGGAGCCUCUGCAGGGAUCAUCGCGGCCACGUUUGUUUGUCCCCUGGAUGUGAUCAAGACGCGACUACAGGUACUCGGGCUGUCCAACUUGCCACCUUCUGCCACCGGAGGAAGUCUCAUUAUUUCAAGCCUGAAACAAAUAAUUAAAAAUGAAGGUUUUAGAGGAUUGUAUCAUGGACUUUCACCAACUAUUUUGGCAUUACUUCCAAACUGGGCUGUAUACUUUACUGUUUACGAUAAGCUAAAGGAUGUUCUUCAAUCACAUGCUAAUUCGACUAACCAACUUUCCAUUGGUGCCAACAUUGUUGCUGCCAGUGGGGCAGGAGCCGCAACGGCUAUUGCAACCAAUCCCUUAUGGGUUGUAAAGACCAGACUUCAAACACAAGCCAUGAGGCCUGGAGUGGUGCCAUAUCGAGGGAUAUUUUCUGCUUUGAAAAGGAUUUCUGGUGAAGAGGGAAUCAGAGGACUCUAUAGUGGUCUUCUUCCUGCUUUAGCUGGGGUUAGUCAUGUUGCCAUCCAGUUUCCAACAUAUGAGAAAAUCAAAGCUUACUUAGCAGAAAAAGAUAAGACAACUGUUGAUAACCUCAGUCCUGGAAAUGUAGCAAUUGCCUCUUCAAUUUCCAAAGUAAUUGCAUCGACUCUAACCUAUCCUCACGAGGUCGUCCGAUCGAGGCUUCAAGAACAGGGCCAAGCUCGGCGAACUCCAAAGCCGUACGACGGCGUAAUUGACUGCACAAGAAAAGUCUUCCACAAUGAAGGCAUUGCCGGUUUCUACCGUGGAUGUGCCACCAAUCUCCUAAGGACCACCCCUGCUGCUGUCAUCACCUUCACCAGCUAUGAGAUGAUUCAUAGAUUUCUGCAUCAGGUUAGCAGCCAUAAUUGGAGCUUGGAUGCAAAAUCAAAUACUGGAGAUUAAAACAUCUUGAUAUUUUUGGAAGGCCUGUUUUGUUCAGAGAUCUCUCCAAAAGGUAACUAACAGUUUGAUCUGUUCUAGUUGAUUUGUGUCAUUUAGUUUAUUGCAAAAAUGUUCUAGACUAUUUAUUUUUGUUAUUGAAAUGAUAUCUCUAACAUUCUUUUUAUGUGUCUAAUAAAAAAAAAAGGUUGCAUUUA